CCCCCAGCACCCCCCGCUGCCCGCUCUCCUCCUCUUCCCCCCCCCCGUUUCCCCGUCGGGGUGUUCCUAAUGGACCGUCCCAAGCCUCCUCCUCUUCCUUCUCCCUCCUCCUGAUGGGACUCGGAGCCUUUAUAAUGUUGCCCCUCCGACGGGAUCGUCUUUUCCACCAAGUUCUCCUCGUCCUCCUUUGGAGGGGGAAAAGCAGCAGCAGCAACGCCCAGUGGCUCGGGCUGCCGCCGCCGUCCUCCUUGCGCUCGCUCUUGGUGCCGCUCAGCGUCUGUGCCACCCGCCCACCCACACUCCCCUCUUGGUGUUCCCCGGCGGCGCCUGGCGUUUCUUUUGAUUUCCUGGGGAAGGGAUCCCGAUUCUCUUCUUUCUUUUUACCCCUCUCUGCUCGGCUCGUGAUCCCAAAAGGUCCGUCUAGCUGGAAUGAAUAUAUCUGAGUCUAGUUUCUGUAGAGAGGAGAUACCCCAAGCCAGAGGCGACUUUUCAUGGGGAGCCGUCGCGGGUGCAGCAGCAGCGCCGCCGCCGCCGCCAACAGCAGGAGCAGCAGCCUCUGAUCCUGGGCUCGCCUACCCGCAGCAGACCCGGGGCCCAGAGCCAGCCUCCAGCCGGACCCCCAGCCCUGAUCCGGGCUUUGGAUUUCGCCCAGGCACAGCGCCGGCGGCGGCGAUCGGGGGAGGAGACCCCGGCGGCGCGCUCUUGGGAUCCGCGGCGUCCAGCCGUUCGCCCAGCCCGGACGCCGGCUAUGGCUACAGCGCCGUCUCGGGCCGACCAUCCGAGGGCAAAAGCGGCGAGGAUUCCCGCAUCCGACGCCCCAUGAACGCCUUCAUGGUCUGGGCCAAAGACGAGAGAAAGCGGCUGGCCCAGCAGAACCCGGAUCUGCACAACGCGGUGCUGAGCAAGAUGUUGGGCCAAUCAUGGAAAGCCCUCAGCGCCAAUGACAAGCGGCCCUUUGUGGAAGAGGCGGAGAGGCUGAGGAUCCAGCACCUGCAGGAUCACCCCAACUACAAGUACCGCCCGAGGAGGAAGAAGCAAGCCAAAAAGAUCAAGCGGAUAGAGCCCAACAUCCUCCUGCACAACCUCUCCCAGCCUUGCAAUGACAGCUUUGCAAUGAGCCACCGGGCUGCCAGCGGCAUUGGCCACCCGGGCCAUUCCCAGCCUCCUCCGCUCAACCACUUCAGAGAACUCCGCUCGGUGAGUUCAGACAUUGAGAACUAUGGCCUGCCGACCCCUGAGAUGUCUCCAUUGGAUGUCUUGGAGCAGACUGAGCCGGCCUUUUUCCCUCCUCACAUGCAAGACGACUGUAACAUGAUGGCAUUUCGGAGCUACCAUCAUCACCCUCCUCCUCCACCCCAGAUGGAGUUUACCCCAGAAAAAAACCUGGGGCGGAACAUGCCGAUGGGCUACCCCCAGAACCCACCUUCGCAUCUAGCCGAUGCCAUGAGGACUCCCCACCCACCUGGUAUGUACUACAACCAGAUAUGUGCUGGAGCCACCAAUGGGCUUUCGGCCCACCUGGGGCAGCUGUCCCCGCCACCGGAAUCUCACCAUCUGGACGGCGUAGAGCACUUGAAUCCCAACGAGCUUUGGACAGAAGUUGACCGCAACGAGUUUGACCAGUAUUUGAAUAUGAGCAGGACUCGUCCUGAUCCUUCGGGAUUUGCUUAUCAUGUUUCCAUGUCCAAAGUGACUCCUCGAAGCCUCUCCUGUGAGGAGAGCAGUUUGAUAUCAGCUUUGUCUGAUGCCAGCAGCGCUGUCUAUUACAGCACCUGUAUUACUGGGUAGGGUUGCUCCUUUGUGCUAUGUGUUCACCAAGGGGAGAGAGGAUCAGGGCAUAUCCACAGGCUGAACCUGGUUUAACAGUAAUUUCCUUUCCCCAGGGAGCCCUGGGAACUGCAAGGGGAGCCAUGGGAUCUUUUACCAGAAUUCUGUCUCCUAAUGACAAUUCCCAGGAUUCUUUGAGCGAAACUGUGUCAGUUAAACUAGCAUGCAUUUGAUCUAAGCUCAAAAUGUACAUGUACCCUUAGGAACAGUUAGUUAGAAAGCCAUGAUGUGCAGGUGCUAGAGAGCAACUUGGUUCCCUGUCCCUCUGGGACAUGAUGCUCUUUAGCAAAUUGAUUCUUGCAUAUUGUUCAUUGAGAAGCAAGUGCCAGUUUGCUGAGGUGCGAAACGUCUGCAGGAACUUAGAAACCUUUGCUCUAGAGAAGCAGCUCACUUUUCUGCUGUCGUGACGAGAGAGGGGCUUGGGAAUCUCACUCCUGCAGCUUGUGAAAUUUGCUGUGUUCACACAUUACAGGUUUUUUAAGUUCCAUGCUGAAGAUCAUUAAUCAUAAACCUCAAAGGGUAAAGUAUGAAUGCUGCAAAUGUGUUGGCAGAGCAGACCUGUGUACCGCACUCAUUUGGAAGCUGGAGGUUGGAUGUUGUGCCCUGCCGAGAACACAAUUAGUGGUAAACCCCAACUUUGCUAUUGUGUAAUGUGCGAAACGGCCCUUAGGUUCUCUGUUUUACACAUUUUCAGCUGAAGCGGUGGGGGGGGGGCACAACCACAGCAUAGCUCAUUAUGGGGCUACUUGCUCUUGCC